GCUGCGAUAACUCACAAGCACCACCGAGCUGCCGUGUAUAAAAGUAUCUGGAGUUCCGUGCACUUCCUCACUGAGCGGCUACGUUCUCAGAGAAGAUGAAGCUCGCUGGAAGGGUGUUGUUGCUGCAAACAGUCGCUCUGCUUUUUGCAAACAGGUUCGUUCUGUCGGAAGAAGAUGCAGGAAGGGGAGAUGAAGAAAGAGGAGGAGGAGGAGAAGAAGAUAAGGUGUCUCCAGCUUGCCCUCUCGCCCUCCAAAGCAGCGGGAAAUGCGAUGGAGAGGAAUGUCCCUACCAGGUGAAUUUUCCUCCCCUGACCAUCCAGCUGCCCAAGCAGUUCCAACUGAUGGAGAAGACCCUCAAGGAAGUGGAGCUCCUCAAGGAAAUGGUCAACACUCUGAAGAAAUCCUGCCAGGACUGUAAACUGCAGGCAGAUGACAACCGAGAGAAGGACAGCUCGAAUGACUUUCUACCGCCCGGCUCCACGAACCAGAGCAUUGUACAAGACAACCGAGUCGCGGACCUGCAGGACAAGGUGACCAAGCUGUCCGAGAACCUGAAGAACGCCAAAAACCAGAUCCACACUCUGCACGGCCGGCUGGAGAAAAUGAACCUGGUCAACAUGAACAACGUGGAAAAUUACGUCGACAACAAAGUGGCCAAUCUGACGUUUUUCGUGAACAGUUUGGACCGUAAGUGCUCUUCGCAAUGUUCAGCUGAAGAAUCCAAAGCAGGCAUCCAGCUUCUUCAAGGAGACUGUUCCAAUUAUUUCGCCGCCGGAAACCGCCAGAACGGCAUCUACAAAAUCACCCCGGAUCCCAGAAACCAUAGCUUUGAGGUUUAUUGCGACAUGGAGUCCUUUGGAGGGGGCUGGACCGUGUUCCAGAUGCGCCAGGAUGGCAGCGUCUCCUUCAACCGAACCUGGGAGGCCUACAAGAACGGCUUUGGAAACAGUAAGGAGUUCUGGCUAGGGAACGACAAAAUUCACCUCCUGACCAAAAGCAAGCAGAUGCAGCUGAGGAUCGAGCUGGAAGAUUUCAACGGCGUCCGAGAAUACGCCACCUACGACCAGUUCUACGUCGCCAACGAGUAUCUCAAAUACCGGUUAACCAUCGGCACCUACACGGGCACCGCCGGCGACUCCUUGAACUUCAGCAAACGCUACAACCACGACCAAAAGUUCUUCAGCACCCCGGAUAGAGACAAUGACCAGUACGCUACAGGCAACUGCGGAGCGUAUUAUAGCUCCGGAUGGUGGUUUGAUGCUUGUCUGGCUGCGAAUCUCAACGGCAAAUAUUACAGCAAGAAAUAUAAAGGUGUCCGCAAUGGCAUUUUUUGGGCCACGUGGCCUGAAGUGUCCGAUCAGAACAUGAACGGCUACAGAAAAGCUUUUAGGAAGGUUAAAAUGAUGAUGAGGCCCAAAACAUUUUUGCCAUGAAUUCCUUUCCCCGCUCCCAAAAUCCUUUUGUCCAAUCUUGGCACUUUCGCCUCAGAAUUUGAAUGCAAUUUAAGAAUAUUCUGUUACAUUUCCCUUUUUUUUAAAAAAAAAUAAAAAAAAAUCUCUUCCUCUUGCAAGCAUUCCUCUUCCAAAAUCCACCAGACUUCUUUUUCUGACCAAAUUCAUGAUGGUAUACACCAGAAAGGUCUCCAAACUUGGCAAAUUCUAACAUUUGUGGACUUCGAUUCCCAGAAUUCCCCAGCCACCCAUGGCGAAAGGCUCAGAAUCCUGGGAGUUGAAGUCCACAAGGCUUAAAGCACUCCAUCGUGGAUAAAUCUUUCUUUCUUUCUUCCUUUCUUUCUUUUCUCCUUCCUUCCUUCCUUCCUUCCUUCCUUCCUUCCUUCCUUCUCUUUCUUUCUUUCUUUCUUUCUUUCUUUCUUUCUUUCUUUCUUUCUUUCUUUCUUUUUUCUUUCUUUCUCUCUCUCUCUCUCUUUCUUCUUUCUUUCUUUUAAUUUUUUCCCUCCCUCCCUCCCUUCCCUCCCUGGAUGUUUUUAAGAAGAAUCUAGACAGUCGCUUAUCUGAAAUGAUAUAGGUUCUCCUACUUAAAUAGGGGGAUGGACUAGAAGACCUCCAAUGUCCCUUCCAACUGAUUCUAGUCUAAAGAUGCCAAGUUCGGAGACCCUUGGUAUAUACAAAGACUUGUAUGUUUGGACCAAAUAAUACUUCAUCCUCAUACAUUUUCUGAAUUUGGAUUUAGGCUCAAUUUUGACACAGUAAUUUUGAAGGCAUUCCAGUAAUCCGGUUCCAUUAUCUGCUCCUAGGAAAAAAUGCAGAUAAUUAAAGGCAUUUAAACCCAAAGUCUAAAUGCCCCCAUUUUAAUUCCAGAAAGAUAGUGAUAAAUUCAAUUAGUGGUGGGGUUUUUUGCACCCCCAGUCUCUUGGCUCAGUCUACUUUACAAAGUUGUUGUUGGGAUAAUAUGAGGGAAGGCCCCAUUCCACAGUGUCUUGAGUUUUUGGAGAAAAUGCUGCAUGUCAAUGUGACUUAACCAUUAUUUUCAAAGCCAGUGAAACUAAACUGCCUUGCCACGCUUUCCAAGGCGAGAAACAUCUCCAUCACUUUGUGACUGUGCUUUUCUGUGUAAAUAAUAGAGGUUAUAUUUUUAUAGAUGACAAAUUAUGCAUUGCCACUGUCACUUUUCUUUAUAUGUCUAAAUAGUUUGCAGAAGAGUAGCUGCAUUUGUUCGUUUUGUUUUGUUUUGUUUUAGUAAAUGCCAUGAAGAAUCUUGGAGCACCUUAACUAAUUUUAGCAUUUAUAGUGUAUUAUCGUAGUACGUUUUUAUAAUUUUAUUCUAAAAUGCGAUAAUGUUUGCUGUAGUAUAAAAAUUCAUGGGUUACAGUUGACUUUA